CUCUGCUGACCUCUGCCCAACCUCUCUCUCUGCACCCAAGCCCCCACUGGUAUAUACAGGCACAGAGGCAGGCAAGUCAGGCAAGGACUAGGAAAGAGGAGAGGGGGGCUGGAGACAGGCUGCCAGAGGGCUCAGAAGCCCAGUGCACCUGCCUAUCCCAACUCUGUCCACCUGCUGCUGUGGCCACAUUAACAGAAGAGACAGCUAGUAAGACAGGAAGUGAGGCCCAGUACCUUGUGGACAGUGGUGUCAUUAGCUGCGACACCUAAGAUGUCUCGAGAGAUGGGAGAGCUCACCCAAAACAGGUUGCAGAAGAUCUGGAUUCCACACAGCAGUGGCAGCAGCCGGCUACAGCGGAGGAGGGGCUCAUCAAUACCCCAGUUUACCAAUUCCCCCACAAUGGUGAUCAUGGUGGGUUUACCAGCUCGAGGAAAGACCUACAUCUCCAUGAAGCUCACAAGAUAUCUCAACUGGAUAGGAACACCGACUAAAGUGUUUAAUUUAGGCCAGUACCGACGAGAGGCAGUGAGCUACAAGAACUAUGAAUUUUUUCUUCCAGACAACAUGGAGGCCCUACAUAUCAGGAAGCAGUGUGCCCUGGCAGCCCUGAAGGAUGUCCAUGACUAUCUCAGCCAUGAGGAAGGUCAUGUUGCGGUUUUUGAUGCCACCAACACUACCAGAGAACGACGGUCACUAAUUCUGCAGUUUGCUAAGGAACAUGGUUACAAGGUCUUUUUCAUUGAGUCCAUCUGUAAUGACCCUGGCAUUAUUGCAGAAAACAUCAGGCAAGUAAAACUUGGCAGCCCUGAUUACAUAGACUGUGACAGGGAAAAGGUUCUGGAAGACUUUCUAAAGAGAAUUGAAUGCUAUAAGGUCAACUACCAACCCUUGGAUGAUGAACUGGACAGCCACCUAUCCUACAUCAAGAUCUUCGACGUGGGCACACGCUACAUGGUGAACCGAGUGCAGGACCACAUCCAGAGCCGCACAGUCUACUAUCUCAUGAACAUCCACGUCACACCCCGCUCCAUCUAUCUGUGCCGGCACGGUGAGAGUGAACUCAACCUCAGAGGCCGCAUCGGAGGUGACUCUGGUCUCUCAGCUCGGGGCAAGCAGUACGCCUAUGCCCUGGCUAACUUCAUUCAGUCCCAGGGCAUCAGCUCCCUGAAGGUGUGGACCAGCCACAUGAAGAGGACUAUCCAGACAGCUGAGGCCCUGGGUGUUCCCUACGAGCAGUGGAAGGCCCUGAACGAAAUUGAUGCGGGUGUCUGUGAGGAGAUGACCUAUGAAGAAAUCCAGGAACACUAUCCUGAAGAAUUUGCACUACGGGACCAAGAUAAAUAUCGCUACCGCUAUCCCAAGGGAGAGUCCUAUGAGGAUCUGGUUCAGCGUCUGGAGCCAGUUAUAAUGGAGCUAGAACGGCAGGAAAAUGUACUGGUGAUCUGCCAUCAGGCUGUCAUGCGGUGCCUCCUGGCCUACUUCCUGGAUAAGAGCUCAGAUGAGCUGCCAUAUCUCAAGUGUCCUUUGCACACAGUGCUUAAACUCACACCUGUGGCCUAUGGCUGCAAAGUGGAGUCCAUCUACCUGAACGUGGAAGCCGUAAACACACAUCGGGAGAAACCUGAGAAUGUGGACAUCACCCGAGAACCUGAGGAAGCUCUGGACACUGUCCCUGCCCACUACUGAGCCCUUUCCAAGAAGUAAAACUGCCUUUGCUCUCACUGUCUCCCACUUUUAAGAGCUGCUAUCCUUGCACUUCUCCUACCUUAAGAUCCUGGACUUGGCCUACAGGUCUUGAUUUCUAGCUACAACCAAGGAGCUGUCUAGCUGUGAAUUAAACUUUUUCUUUCUUAAUUACUAAACCCUUAUCAAUAAAGAUUUCUCUUGCUGCCUACAAAAGGGGAGAGGAAGUCAUUGUGAGGCUUCUCCC